AAAAUAAAAAAAAAAUCUUUAGAGCGGCUGCAAAUCAUCUGUGUGUAUGCGGCACGUGUGAAGGUUGCGUUUUUCGGUUCGUGAAAAAUGUCGUGGUUAUUCGGGUACAAAAGUAGUCAGCCCCCGCCAGGGAUCCCACAGUUUCCGUUGCCACCUGGCGAUGGAGGAGAUGAUAAAGACAAAAAGGGUAAAAGUGAUAUGGAAGCAUACCGGUUCGACUCCUCUGCUCUGGAGAGAGCAGCCAGAGCAGCAAAAGAGCUAGAACAGUCAAGGCAUGCGAAGGAGGCGUUCGAGGUGGUGAAGAUGCAGGAGGCGACCAAGCAGCAGGAGUUCCAGACGCAGAUGAAGCAGCUGGAGGUGCAGCUGGAGCAGACCAAGAUCGAGCAGAAGCACGUGGACGCGGAGGAGCGCCGCAAGACGCUGCAGGAGGAGACCAAGCAGGGCCAGCUCCGCGCCCAGUACCAGGACCAGCUGGCUCGCAAGAGGUACGAGGACCAAUUGCUGCAGCAACAGAAGAUCAACGACGAGAACCUGAGGCGGCAGGAGGAGUCGGUGGCCAAGCAGGAGGCGCUGCGCAAGGCGACGAUAGAGUACGAGCUGGAGAUGCGCAACAAGGCGGACAUGAAGAAGAUCGAGGCGGAGAUGAAGGCCAAGGCGAAGGUGGACCGCGAGAACCAGGACCUGACCCUGGAGCAGAUACGCGUCAAGGCAGCGGAGAACCGCGUCACGGUUCUGGAGUCCAUCAAGACGGCCGGCUCGGUGCUGGGCUCGGGGGCCAAGGCCCUGCUGGAGGACUGGGACAAGGUGCUGGCCGCGGCGGGGGGCCUGUCGCUGCUGGCCCUCGGGGUGUACUCUGCCAAGGGUGUCACCGGGGUCACCGCCAGAUACGUGGAGGCAAGGCUCGGGAAGCCAUCCCUAGUCAGAGAGACGUCGAGGUUCUCGCUCCUGGAGACCCUGAAGCACCCCGUGCAGGCGGUGAAGAGGCUUCGGCUGAGGCACCAGGACGCUCUGUCGGGAGUCAUCCUCGCGCCCAAGCUGGAGGAGAGGCUGAGGGAUGUAGCGAUUGCCACUAAGAACACCAAGCGCAACAAAGGCAUGUACCGCAACAUUCUGAUGCAUGGACCGCCAGGCACGGGGAAAACCAUGUUCGCCAAAAAACUUGCCCUCCACUCCGGCAUGGACUUUGCGAUCAUGACGGGGGGAGACGUGGCGCCGAUGGGGAGGGAAGGGGUGACGGCGAUACACAAGGUGUUUGAUUGGGCGGACACCACCCGCAAGGGCCUGCUGCUGUUUGUGGACGAGGCAGAUGCCUUCCUGAGGAAGCGCAGCUCGGAGACCAUCAGUGAGGACCUGCGGGCCACACUCAACGCGUUCCUCUACCGCACCGGAGAGCAAUCUCAGAAGUUCAUGCUGGUGUUGGCGUCGAACACCCCGGAGCAGUUUGACUGGGCGGUGAACGACCGACUGGACGAGAUGGUGGAGUUCUCACUGCCCAGCCUGGACGAGCGGGAGAGGCUGGUGCGCCUGUACUUUGACAAGUUUGUGCUGCAGCCGGCCACCGAGGGCAAGAGGAGGCUGAAGCUGGCCCAGUUCGACUACAGUGCGUUGUGCUCGGACAUCGCGCGGCUGACGGAUGGCAUGUCCGGCCGCGAGAUAGCCAAGCUGGGCGUGGCGUGGCAGGCGGCCGCCUACGCCUCCGAGGACGGGGUCCUCACCGAGAAGAUGGUCAUGGACCGGGUCGCGGAUGCCGUCGUGCAGCACAGGCAGAAGGUGGAGUGGCAGAGCGAGCAGGAGAGGCGGGAGUCCAAGUCCCUGGCCCACUUGUCGGGGAAGGACGCAGACGUGCAGUAUGUGCCGCCGAAGGCGACUGGCUCUCAGGACUCCAGCCCCAGCAAACAUACGUCCUCCAGCGAGAGGUAGCCGAUCGCCUAUCCAGGAGCCAAGUAAGACUUGCAGCUAGAAUUAAUUGUUACGUAGAUCGUGAAGAACCAUGAUGAUGACGGUGCCGGAGUUUUGCCAUGCACAUAACCCGGCCAUCUUGUCGCCGAAGCCACCAGCUCCGACGCCGAAGAAUUAGGUUAAUGCGUGACUGCAAGUCCAGGCCUUGUGUUGUCUGCUGUGGUCACGCUUGUUACCCACGUGUAUUUCCCUGGGCAUUUGUUUUUAUUAACACUCCAGAUGAUUCUUGAUUACCCUCUUUUAUCGCAUAAUCGUCGCACCUAUAUUUUAAGGCGAAAUAUUUGGAUAAAAAAGAUCUCUCACGUAAACAUUGCAUAAUGUGUUUGGCCCUGCUAUUAGAUCCUGAGUGCUUUGUGUGGGUAUUUUUUCCAUUUAAAACCAUGUAUUUUAAAGUAGAAAUCUAAUAUUUAUUCGUACAUUACCACUUACAUAGUAUUUAAUUAAUGGAAAUACGAAGAUAUCUGAUGUGUAAAUUUUCUUUUAAAGACGUUUUUAAACAUUAUCUGUUCGUUUACGUUGCCGCCGUGUACCGCUUACAAAAAUGUAGCAAGCGCUUGUUGGCAUAAUUUAUGUUUGGUUAUGUUGCUUCCCGUAUAGAGCAUGCACACGUAGUCGAAUAUCGAUAUCUCGCCGAUUGUAUGCAACGUGCGCUCUCUGUCGAGUGCCGAGUUAACUACACGUGAUGGCCUGCACUCUUUCAUGGUGUGUACUACGACGAUAGUUAGGCGUUCGUUCAGGCUCGCAUUCGGGUCACAGAUUUUGUUUUUCUAUUUAAAGUUGAAGAAAGGUUUUUGUUGAAUGACUUAUCAAUUUAAAUUGUUUGGCGUGCUCUUUUAUACUUCACUUUUUAAAUAAACGUACUUUCCAUGAACGGUUUUUGUUUUUUAUGAAUAACUUUACCUAACAAAAAUUUUUUUUCCUCGUAUAAACGUCGCACCCCUACUUUUCAAACUUGAUUUUAGAUUAAAAUGUGCGACGAUUAUGCGAUAAAACGUGGUAUAAUUGUAAUGUCCUCACUGAAUAACGUUCUCUUCAUCACAUUGACCAAAGGGAUCUUGUUUUGUUGGAAUUUCAAAACAUUCUUUUAUAAUAAAAUAGAUAAUUUUGUUGAGUGGAGUUCUGAUAUUAUCUGAACCACAUUUAAAUGUCAACCACUGAGUCGCUACGCAGAUUUUCUAAGCAGUUAAACCUUAUUUGUUAUUUGUACAUAGUGUUCCUGUUUUAGACUUGAUGAAAAAUUAUAAACAUGGGGAAAAAAAAUAAAUUCAGGCUAAGUAUCUAUUGU